AUGGUUGACUACAAAGGAAAAUUGGUGCUGGCUCCUAUGGUCAGAGCUGGGGAGCUUCCAACAAGAUUAUUAGCCCUAAAAUAUGGUGCUGAUUUGGUCUGGGGGCCUGAAAUCAUUGAUAAAAAACUUUUAACCUGUGAUAGAGUGGUAAAUGAAAAACUAGGCACUGUAGAUUUCCUCUCAAGAGAUAAAACAAAAGUUCCAGGUGUAACAAAUUUAAUAUUUAGAACUCAUCCAUCUUUAGAAGACUCAAAAUUGAUUUUCCAAAUGGGGACUGCUAACCCAGAUUUGGCUGUUGAUGCUGCUAAAAUAAUUAUAAAUGAUGUUUCUGGAAUCGAUAUAAAUGCUGGUUGUCCAAAACAUUUCUCAAUUCAUGCAGGUAUGGGUGCUGCUUUAUUAAAGACUCCAGAUUUAUUAGAAUCAAUAUUGAUAAAUCUUGUUGAAAAAAUCGGGAAACCAAAUAAUAAACCAAUAAGUGUGAAGAUAAGGCUUUUACCAGAAGAAGAAGACUCCUUAAAUUUGAUUGAAAAAUUGUUGAAAACGGGUAUAACAAAUCUUACAGUGCAUUGUCGUACUCAGUUAAUGAGAAAUAGAGAAACUCCUAUUAGAGAUUAUGUUGAUAAAAUUAAAGCAAAAUGUGAUGAGUAUAAAGUAUCAUUCAUAGUGAAUGGCUCAGUUUUAAAUCGUAAAGAUUUCAAUAAAUUACAAGAACAAUAUGGCACAGAUGUUGGUGGAAUGAUUGCAACUACUGCCGAAGAGAACCCAACAUGUUUUAGUGAAUCUCCAUUAAAUUGGCCUAGAUUGUUAAGAGAAUACACUGAAAUUGCACAAAAGUUUGGAAAUUAUGAAGGGAAUACUAAAUAUAUGUUGACAAGAAUGACACCUGGGAGAUCUUUUGCCUACCAAUUGAUCGCAAGAGCCAAAACCUAUGAAGAGUUUUAUAAAGUAUUUGAUAAGCUAAAUGAAGACGGUACAGAAAAGAAAUAUGAACCAAAAGUUGUCAAAAAGGAAGAAAAGGAGACAAGAAAACACAAGGUAGACAACGAAGAACCAUCAGAUCCAAUUCCUGAAAAAAGACAACAGUUGGAGCAAAUUUCAGCAUAG